CACAGCCCUACGCAACCGGAAACUCCCCUUAAACGUCAACGAUAUUCACUGCUGUCGUUUGCUUCACUCUUUCCGGCAUUGAGUCUCUGCUAGUGAGCACACAUUUCUGUGGGCACUAGUAAAACAAAUACCGCUUCAAAAUGGGAAGACGUCCCGCAAGAUGUUAUCGCUACUGUAAAAACAAACCGUACCCAAAGUCCCGGUUCUGUCGUGGUGUCCCAGAUCCGAAGAUCCGUAUUUUCGAUCUCGGUCGUAAGAAGGCUUCGGUGGAGGAUUUCCCUCUCUGCGUCCAUCUGGUGUCGGAUGAGUACGAACAGCUGAGCUCGGAAGCCCUGGAGGCGGGUCGCAUUUGCUGCAACAAGUACCUCGUCAAGUUCUGCGGCAAGGAUCAGUUCCACAUCCGCAUGCGGCUGCAUCCAUUCCACGUUAUCCGCAUCAACAAGAUGUUGUCGUGUGCCGGAGCCGAUAGACUCCAAACUGGAAUGCGUGGUGCUUUCGGUAAGCCCCAGGGAACCGUUGCCCGUGUGCGUAUCGGACAACCAAUCAUGUCGGUCCGCUCUAGCGACCGUUUCAAGGCUCAGGUUAUUGAGGCCUUGCGUCGUGCCAAGUUCAAGUUCCCAGGUCGUCAGAAGAUUUUCGUCUCGAAGAAAUGGGGCUUCACCAAGUACGAUCGGGAUGAAUACCAUGUGCACAAUGAUGCUGGCCGUCUGGUUCCGGAUGGUUGCGGUGUUAAGUUCUACAAUGAUCACGGACCAUUGACGAAAUGGGAACAGCAUGAGCUUAACCGUCUGAAGGCUUAAGUGAGGACUGUUGGAGGGGAAAUUUUGAUUAUUGAAAUAAAGAAAACAAAUGGGAAAAUCUAAA